UUCUCCGGUGGAAACAAUGCAGUGCCUGCUCAGAUUAAAAACAAGGACUGGAUACCUAGGAUUGCAGGAGGGAGCGCCCAGGAUGGGAUGGAGCUGGCUCUGAUAUCACAUCCUUGGACACAAAAGGUUGGGAACGCCACUGGAAUUCCAGAGCAGCGCAGACUUUGACUGGGAAGCCUUCCCAGUGGACACUAACUCACUGGAAGUGCUGCCUUCCUGCCUGCCUGUGUGUGGUGGUGGUGAGGGGGGGGGGGGUGUCUGGCAUUUGACUCCAAUUAAGGUGAAAUCUGGAAAGAACAGGCAGGAGAGCAAAAAAGGGGAUGUGAUGAAGGAGUCAAGGUGUUUCCCAGUUGCUCCAUCUUCUGUGGGGAGAGAUGGAUGGACCGAAGUGCUGCCGUUUGCUACAACUUGCCUCCAAAAUGUGAAUAAGAAAAUCCCACAAGAGAACCUGUUUUGGUUGGGUGCUCUCUGUUAAGAUCUGUUUCAUCCAAAGCAGACAAACAUUCACCAGGAUUGCUCCGUUGGAAAAGAAGUAGAUUACCUGGAGCAGAAGUGCUGAACCCCCACUCGGUGAAGUUGGAUUGGUUUGGGGUGCUUUCCCCACCUCUGUAUACAAAUUGUCCUAACUAUGGGCACUGUAUAACUGUGGCGCAUGGCUGUGUAGUGUCGUGUUGCUUCCUUUUUAUUUCUUGUAUAAGUUUGAACAAUGAUCACAGUCAAUCCGGAUGGAAAAAUAAUGAUCAGAAGAUGUCUUGUCACCUUGAGACCUUUUAGGAUAUUUGUGCUGGGCAUUGGAUUUUUCACCCUGUGCUUCUUAAUGACAUCUUUGGGAGGCCAGUUUUCAGCCAAAAGACUGGGAGACUCUCCCUUCACCAUCAGAACAGAAGUGAUGGGCGCGCUGGAGUCCAGAGGGGUGCUACGGAAGAUGAGCGACAUGCUGGAGAUGAUGGUGAAGAGGAUGGACGUGCUAGCCAGGCUGGAGAACAGCACUGACUUCCGGAAAGGGGAGGAGGCCCGUUUUCUUCUGGACAGGUUCCAGCCAGCAGCAGGUUUGAUGGAGAGGAUCCAAGCGAUUGCUCAGAACGUCUCUGACAUUGCAGUGAAAGUAGAUCAGAUUCUCCAGAACAGCCUCAUGAAUGGGAAAGGGUUAGAAGGCAGACGGGACCAGUGUGAGGUGCCCAGAGACCCCAAAUACCCUGACUGCUCUGGAAAAGUGGAGUGGAUGCGGGCCAGGUGGACGUCUGACCCCUGCUAUGCAUUUUUCGGCGUGGAUGGCACAGAAUGCUCAUUCCUCAUCUACCUCAGUGAAGUCGAGUGGUUUUGCCCUCCACUGCCUUGGAGAAAUCAAACAGCAGCCAUGCCUUCCUCAAAGCCACCAGCUCGAGUACAGGCAGCUUUUCGGAACAACCUCUCUUACCUUCUUGAGCUAAUCGGGAGUGGCAAGGAAUCCUUGAUCUUCAUGAAGAAGAGAAUCCGGCACUUGGCCUCACAGUGGCUUCUGGCGACCCAUAGCCUGGCACAGAAACUGAAGGGCAGACAGAGGGAUCAAAAGCAGAUCUUGGUUCACAUUGGCUUCCUGACAGAGGAGUCAGGGGAUGUUUUCAGCCCCAGGGUGCUGAAGGGGGGACCUCUAGGUGAGAUGGUCCAGUGGGCAGAUAUCUUAGCUGCCCUCUUCAUUCUUGGACACAGCCUGAAAGUCACAGUGUCUUUGAAAGAGCUGCAGAGUAAUUUAGGGGUGCCUCCAGGACGGGGCAAUUGCCCCUUGACUGUCCCUUUGCCCUUUGACCUCAUUUACACUGAUUACCAUGGCCUCCAGCAAAUGAAACAACACAUGGGGCUCUCCUUUAAGAAAUACAGGUGUCGUGUUCGGGUCAUUGAUACCUUUGGGACAGAGCCAGCCUACAACCUCGAGGAGUAUGCCACUCUGCAUGGCUACCGGACAAACUGGGGGUACUGGAACCUGAACCCCAAGCAGUUCAUGACAAUGUUUCCUCACACUCCUGACAACUCCUUCAUGGGCUUUGUGUCCGAGGAGCUCAACGAAACCGAACGGCAAUUCAUUAAGUCCAACAAAGCAAGCAAUAUGGCAGUGGUGUACGGAAAGGAAGCCAGCAUCUGGAAGUUGCAGGGCAAAGAGAAGUUCCUGGCCAUCCUUAACAAGUACAUGGAGAUCCAUGGCACUGUUUAUUAUGAAACCCAACGUCCUCCUGAGGUUCCAGCCUUUGUCAAGAACCAUGGCCUUCUGCCACAGCAUGAGUUCCAGCAGCUUCUGAGAAAAGCUAAGCUUUUCAUCGGAUUUGGAUUUCCCUAUGAAGGUCCUGCCCCUCUAGAAGCAAUAGCCAAUGGAUGCAUUUUCCUUCAGUCUCGUUUCAACCCUCCACACAGCUCUCUCAAUCAUGAAUUCUUCAGGGGGAAGCCUACGUCAAGAGAGGUAUCCUCUCAACACCCCUAUGCUGAGGACUUCAUAGGGAAGCCACACGUGUGGACAGUGGACUACAAUAACUCAGAGGAGUUUGAAGCUGCUAUCAAAACCAUCAUGAGGACCAAGGAAAAGCCUCAUGUCUCCUCCUCCCCCAUUAAAUGGAAAGGGUUGAAGAAAAGCAGCAGCAAAAAAAAAAAAAAAAAAAAGAAAAAGAAAAGCGCUUUUUGAAAAAUGCAGCAACUGCUGUGUGAGCCAACUUCUCAAAGACUUUUAAAAACGUAUCCGUCAUGAAUAUUUACCUCCCCAGUGGCAGGAGUCUUUCAAGUUGUCCAAAUUAUUAAAGUCAAUUUUCCUGGAGGGGAGAAAAGUGCUGAUCUCCGUUUUGCUCACAAUUUGCUUUGGGUAGGAUGAGAUGUCCCUGUUGUUACAAAGCCACAAAAUAGCAUCUUAAUAAAAAAUGGCCUGCAUCCGAACUAACAGGGGUCAGGGAAUUUGCAAGCCUCUUCAAGCAUUUUUAUUUUAUUUUGUUGAGUGAAUUUGUAUGGUUCAUGUCAAGUUGAGAGCAGCAGAAAUCCCAGCUCUCCAUCCACAGCUAGCUGUACCAUGGUGUAAUGCUCUUCUGUCAGUAUCCCUCAGCCCGGAUCUGUUCCAUUUCUUUGGCCCAUUCUGUCCUUGCUUCCUCUGGGAAGCUGCCAUCAGUUGCACUGAGCCACAGCAAUGAGGGCAGUAUUGGGAGCCCCCUUUGCUUUCCCAGCACAGCUAUCACAUGGCAACACUUUUUAAUUGUUACGCUGUAGGAGUGGUAAUUGAAUUGGAGGAGUGGCUCUGUAGUCCAUAGCCAUCUCCAAAACUACAGCCCUUUAAAUCCACCAAUAUCCACUUUAUAUUCAUAUCCACAGAUAUGCAUGCAGAUAUCUGCAGCUCAUUUUUGUGGAUAUGGAUGCAGAUACAAAUUUUGUAUCUAAGGCCCUGCAAAUUUGUGCAUAUCUCAUUUAUAUCUGUGGCUAUCUGCAUCCGUGGAUGUGGAUGCGGAUAUCCACAGAUCAUUUUUGCAGAUACAGAUAUAGAUCCCAAUGUUGUAUCCCUGCAGGCCUCUAGCCAUAGCCAAGUCGAUUCCCCCAGGGGAAAUGGCUUACUAGAAGUUGAAUUUCCAGAUUAAAAAUUUCAAACUAUGUAAAUUCUUAAUUCAGUAACACCCCUUGGAUAGAUGCACAUUAAUGGAGCUCCAGUUAAUUCAAUGGCGCUACAGUGGUUUAUGCCAAGUAAAUUUAUGCUAAGUAUCUGGCCCUACAAAGAUUUUAAUGUUACAAGACCAUCUUAUAUAAAAAAAAAUCUCUUUGUAAACACACUCUCCUAUUUGGCUCAUCCUUGGAACCCUUGUUUCCCACCAAGCAUUGGUGGCGUUGCUCCUCCCUGCCACUGAGCACACAGCCUUGUUCUGCUCCCUCUGCAUUGCUUGUCUCCCAAGUUGUGAGUUUCCACUCUCUUCC